AUGCCUAACAUCUCGUUUGACAUAUUCUUCGACCAGGAUUUCAUCAACGUUUCUGCGUCUCGAGGAAAGCACGCACCUAAAGCGAAGCCUGAGUGGAAGGUUCGAACAGCUCCAAAGCUACCACCGAAAGAGCAGCCAGCAGACCCUGCAGGCACCCCAAGGCCAACACCUCGCCCUCCCAUCAACUCGACUCGACCACCUGCCAGGUUAGCUGGUAAGCAGGCCGAGCAGAAACUUCUUGAGGACAAGGCCGGAACAUCCGAUACCGCUAGCCAAGCAGGCGAGAAGGCGAAGAGGAAGCCUCCUAAGCUAGGACCCAAGAAGACUGACCAACCCAACGGAACAGGAAGUUUUGCAGGAGGCACUCUUAACACCGUCGGUAAUGGUAUCAAUGGCGUUGGGUCGACGAUCAACGGGACGAUCAAGAGAUAUGGUGAUGGUGUUCGUGAUUAUGGGAAUGGUGUGAUGGAUUGGGCGAAUGCUCCUGCAGCUCGAGGUCAGACAGCAAGCAAUCCCCUUGGUUUGAGUGGUAGUAAGGCAGCAGGCAAGACAUCUGUCACUAGCCCAAGCAUCUACUCGGCUCCGGCAAUGGCAAAGCAGUCAGCUUCAAAGACAUUGACCACAACUGCCAAGUCGACGCAACCACAGAAGAAGAUUGGAGGUGUACCAGCAAAGAAACAGGUUGCGGGAGCUGUAUCCAAACCUGUCGGGGCUGUACCAUCGGCAGCUAAGAAAGCGGUCAGUACUGUGCCAAGAGCAGUUACCAACAAGGUUCCGCAAAGUCCUCGACCAGGAGCAUUCAAGUCCACUCAGACCGCAAACAAGCCUGCCCUGCCUUCCAAUCCAGCGACUAUGCAGAAGCCUGUGGGCGGACCAGUGAGGGCGAGCACAGCGAGUGUGACCAAGGCCAAGCCGCCUGCUGCCAAAAAGCCCAACUAUACUGGUGCCGCCAACCCUCUUGGUCUGACAUUUUGA